GACACGAAUAGACUAUACGUAUACAUAUAUACACAUAUACAUAUAUAUAUAUAUAUUCGAUCCAUAAGUAAGUCGUCAGUUAGUGAAUAUCUACGGUUAAAACAAGUUUUUUUUCGAUCUCUAAAGACGAUUCUUAUUCUUCUUCAAUCUGCUUUCCACCAAAUCAAUUGUUCGAAUAGCUAUUGACGCAGAGAAAGUGAAAAAAUGUAUAUUAAUUUGGAAAUUCUUUGUGGAAUAGUGAUAACGCUUAUCGCGUUUUAUUGCUAUUUAACGAUGAAUAACAAUUUUUGGAAAAGUCGUGGAAUACCUGGGCCAAAACCCGUGCUGGGAUUCGGCAAUAUGAAAACAGUAAUAUUUGGGAAGGAAUCGAUCUCACAAUUUCUCACAAGGGUAUAUAACGAAUAUAAGAACGAGCCGAUGAUUGGAAUAUUUUCAAAAAGGACACCUCUUUUAAUUAUCAAAGAUGUAGAUCUUAUAAAAACUAUCUUGAUCAAAGAAUUCCCCAAAUUUGCGAAUCGAGGAUUAUUUUCAAUUUUCUCACGAGAUCCAUUGACUCAUCAUCUGUUCAAUUUAGAGGUUGAGAGAUGGAGGCCGUUGAGAACACAAUUUACGCCGUUAUUUACUUCCAGUAAACUUAAAGGAAUGUUCUCCUUGAUUCUCGAGUGCUCGAACCAAUUGGAAAGUUACAUGGACACGUUGAUAAAGAAAGGAGAGCCCAUCGAUGUGAGAGAAGUUUCAGCCAGAUUCACCACCGAUGUCAUUGGAAGUUGCGCUUUUGGGAUAGAGAUGAACUCCCUUUCGGAAAAAGAGAGCAUAUUUCGUCGACUCGGCAAAUUAAUCUUCAUCACGAAUUUGCGAAAGAUAUUAAGCAUUAGGAUACAAGAUAUGUUGCCACGGCUGUACAAUUUAUUCCUUUAUGUAUUCCCCCGAGACGAGAAAACGAAAAUCAUCAUGAAACUCAUGACCGAGACGAUGGAGUACAGAAAAGAGAACAAUGUUUUCAGGCCUGAUUUUAUAAAUAUGCUGUUAGAUCUCAAGAAACAUCCGGAAAAGAUUGAUAUUGAGUUAACGGACGAUUUAUUAGCAGCGCAAAUUUUCAUUUUCUUCACGGCCGGGUUCGAAACUUCUUCGUCAACGAUUAGCAAUGCCCUUUACGAAUUAGCUUUGAAUCCCGAUAUCCAGGAGAAGCUGCGAAGAGAAAUCAAAGAAUUCGAAGUGAGAAAUAAUGGAGAGUGGAGUUGUGAAAGCGUAAAGGAAAUGGAAUACUUGGAAAAAGUUUUUCAAGAAACUCUGAGAAAAUAUCCAGUCUUGCCGUUUUUGAACAGAAAGUUGAUAAGCGAUUACACCUUCGAAAAUAAUAAAAUAACAAUUCCCAAAGAUUUAAAGAUCUGGAUACCGAUCUAUGGAAUUCACCACGAUCCAGAUAUAUAUCCAGAUCCAGAAAAAUUCGAUCCUGAAAGAUUCUCGAAGGAGGAGAUAAUGAAAAGACAUCCUAUGCAUUUUUUACCUUUUGGACACGGACCAAGAAAUUGCAUUGGUGCACGAUUUGCGGUAUACCAAACAAAGAUUGGAUUAAUAAAGAUUCUUCGUAAUUUCAAAGUCCACGUUUGCAAUAAAACGUUAAUUCCUUACAAAGUUAAUCCGUUUACAUCUCUUUUAAUACCAAUAACUGGUUUAUACUUGAAUGUUGUUAAAUUGGAAAAUUAAUAUCGUUUUUUUAUUUUUUUUUAAAUUUAUUAAUAAUUUAUUUUAUAAUUACGUAUAAUUAUAUGAAUGUGUAAUUACGUAUAUCUAAAUCUUAUAAAUGUUUAUUCGGAAGAAUUUUUUAAUUUGUAUACAUUGAAUAUGAUGAUAAGAAAUCGUUUAAUUAUGAACAUAGUACAUAAUAUUGAUAUAAUUUAAAUUAUCUUGUAAUAUAUCUCAUAUAUCAACACAAUAUAACGUUAUUUCCAAAUUA